UGAUGGACGUGUGCGCCACACUGAGAACAGACCAGGAGACUAAAGUGACUCUAGUGUUUGAGCACGUGGAUCAGGACCUCAGGACGUAUCUGGAGAAAGUGCCGGCUCCUGGGCUGCCCAUCCACCAGAUCAGAGACUUGAUGCAGCAGCUGCUGUGUGGGCUGGCGUUCUUGCACUCGAAUCGAGUUCUCCACCGGGACCUGAAGCCGGAGAACAUCCUGGUGACCAGCAGAGGGCAGGUGAAGCUGGCUGACUUCGGCCUGGCGCGGAUCUACAGCUGCCACAUGGCUCUCACACCGGUGGUGGUGACGCUGUGGUAUCGCUCUCCGGAGGUGCUGCUCCAGACCACUUACGCCACGCCGCUGGACAUCUGGAGCACCGGCUGCAUCUUCGCCGAGAUGUUCAGACGCAAGUGAGGCUGAGCAGUGAUGCUCAUCAAGUCAAUCGGGCUGAAAGCAUCUUCCAGGAGGAUGUAAAUGCUCACGUGCAACUUAUUAUUGAGUCUGCGUACCCUAUCAAACUGUCACAGCUCAAUGUGGCCUUUGUGAAAAGCCCUCAAAGACGCUGCUUUACCAGUGUCCAGUAAAUGAUGAGCCUUUCCAUAAGAAUUAGCUCGAUUAAUGAAAGAGAUUCGCAGGAAAGAUAGAUUAAGAACAUUAUUCGGAACAGUCGAUAUAUAGAUUUUACAAUAAUCUGGCUAUUGAAUUCUUUGAAUAUGUUGUCUUUGUAUCAGCAUCAGUCAACCUCUAAUUCUUUUGUAUUACAAUAUUAGUGCAAACCAAUUUCAAUAUGUGACCCUGGAGCACAAAACC